CUCCUCCUCCCCCUCCUCCAAACAAGCGCUAGAUUUUAAGUGUUGAGCGAAAAAUAAAAGGCUGAAUUAUGAGGGAUUUGGAGCUGAGGGGCAUGGUCUCCGCCCACUGCACCCUGAUCCUCGCCCUCCUCUCCGCCACCUUCGUGACCCCUUUGAUUCUCGAAGACUUUCACCUGAUAGGAACCCACCUGGUGUGGCUGUGCGUGUGCUCCGCCAGCGUCACUGCGGUAUCGGUCAUCUUGUGUUUAGCGCUGGGAACGAGCUCCGUAUCCAGCAAAAAGAACUUUAGUCAGAAGGUCACAAAAGUCUUUAGGUCGUGUGUUCUCUUCUCUGUUUCCUGUCUGGUGUUUCAUGGAAUCAUUGUUUUAUACGGAGCCCCUCUGCUAGAGUCCUUGUGGGAGACCUUUUUGUUUGCAGUUCUGCUCUCUACCUUCACCACACUUCGCUGUCUCUGUUUGCUGGGGCCCAGCCUUCACGCUUGGAUUCGGGUCUUCAGUAAAAAUGGGGCCAUGUCAAUCUGGGAUACCAGCCUGCAGAUCACAACCGCGUGCAGUAUAUUUGGAGCCUGGCUCGGAGCAAUACCUAUUCCGUUGGACUGGGACAGACCUUGGCAGGUGUGGCCGGUUUCCUGCACGCUCGGGGCGACCUUUGGGUUCGCCGUCGGUCUGGUCGGGGCACCCCUGUGGAUACACUGGCACAAGAAGCAGCUCACGUACAAAAGCAGAUAGCUGACAGCGGGCCGUCGCUGCUCAACCCAACCCAACCCAACCGACUCCGGAUUCCAAGCCGUGCCCGCGGUUCGUUUUGGCCAGCUUCCUCCCAAGGCUGCGUUCGCGGGAGAAUAAAAAGUUGUCUGUUCUCGUGAA